AUGGCUUCUCAGGGACUCCAGAUCAUGGGUGUGCUGCUGGCGUUUAUUGGCUGGCUGGGCACCAUCAUCACUUGCGCUAUGCCCAUGUGGAGAGUCACUGCUUUCGUCGGGGCGAACAUCGUCACCGCCCAGGUGAUCUGGGAAGGCUUGUGGAUGACCUGCGUGGUCCAGAGCACGGGACAGAUGCAGUGUAAGGUUUACGAUUCCAUGCUGGCUCUACCUCAAGACCUACAGGCCGCCAGGGCCAUGGUGGUCAUCUCUGUGAUGGUCGGUGUGUUCGGCGUCCUCAUGGCCGUCGCUGGAGGAAAGUGCACCAACUGCAUGGAGGACGAAGUGGCCAAAGCCAAAGCCUGCAUUGUGUCCGGAGUGAUCUUCAUAAUAGCCGCCUUGCUGAUCAUGAUCCCAGUGUCGUGGUCAGCACACACAGUGAUCAGGGACUUUUAUAACCCCAUGGUGAUCGCUGCUCAGAGGAGGGAGCUCGGUGCUGCACUUUAUAUCGGCUGGGGCUCCGCUGGGCUACUGCUGCUGGGAGGAGGCCUGCUAUGCAACAACUGCCCCCCAAGAGACGGCAAGAGACCCUACCUACCUGCCAAGUUCGCACCUGCAAGAAUCGCAUCUUCAAACGUGGACUAUGUGUGA